CCCACUCGGCGUUGUUUUCAAGUCCACAGAGUUCUCUGUGUUCAUAAUUGUGGCGCUUGAUUUUUUAUUGCUUAAUUAUUCAUCGUUCAAUCGCCAGUUGAGCUGAACUGUCGCACUAGAGCUUAGCUUAGCUCGGAGAGAGUGUGGAGAUGACGACGAUGGAGAGCUUGAUAGGUUUGGUAAAUCGUAUUCAGAGAGCUUGUACUGCUCUCGGCGACUACGGUGGCGACGACAACUCUUUCUCUUCUCUCUGGGACGCACUUCCGUCCGUCGCCGUCGUCGGCGGUCAGAGUUCUGGAAAAUCUUCUGUGCUGGAAAGCGUAGUUGGACGGGAUUUUCUUCCCCGAGGAUCCGGGAUUGUUACGAGGCGGCCUUUGGUGUUACAGUUGCACAAGACAAACGAUGGGCAGGAGGAGUAUGCAGAGUUCGCUCAUUUACCAAGAAGACGGUUCAGUGAUUUCUCCCUAGUUCGCAAAGAAAUUCAGGAUGAAACUGAUAGACUAACAGGGAAAACAAAACAGAUUUCUCCUGUUCCCAUCCACCUCAGCAUUUAUUCACCCAAUGUGGUCAACCUAACACUGAUUGAUUUGCCUGGUUUGACAAAAGUUGCUGUUGAGGGGCAGCCUGAAAGUAUAGUCCAAGACAUUGAAAACAUGGUUCGCACCUAUGUUGAGAAGCCAAACUGCAUAAUACUUGCAAUAUCCCCAGCCAAUCAGGAUAUUGCCACAUCAGAUGCAAUAAAACUUGCUAGGGAAGUGGAUCCAUCAGGGGACCGAACAUUUGGGGUGCUUACAAAGCUAGAUCUGAUGGAUAAAGGAACUAAUGCUUUGGAUGUUCUUGAAGGAAGAGCUUAUCGCUUGCAACACCCUUGGGUGGGUAUUGUAAAUCGUUCCCAAGCUGAUAUAAACAAAAAUGUUGAUAUGAUUGUUGCAAGGAGAAAGGAACGGGAAUAUUUUGCUACAAGUCCUGAAUAUGGGCACCUCUCGAGUAAAAUGGGUUCAGAGUACCUGGCAAAGCUUCUCUCAAAGCAUUUGGAGUCUGUAAUAAGAGCAAGAAUACCAAGCAUUACAUCUUUAAUAAACAAAAGCAUUGAUGAACUUCAGUCGGAACUGGACCACCUUGGUAGGCCUAUUGGGGUUGAUGCAGGGGCUCAACUCUACACUAUAUUGGAACUAUGCCGUGCCUUUUUCAAGAUAUUUAAGGAGCAUCUAGAUGGAGGCCGACCAGGUGGUGAUAGAAUCUAUGGGGUUUUUGACAAUCAGCUUCCUGCAGCUUUGAGAAAACUUCCAUUCGAUCGCCAUCUAUCUAUUCAGAAUGUGAGGAAAGUUGUUUCAGAGGCAGAUGGUUACCAACCUCACUUGAUUGCCCCCGAGCAAGGUUAUAGACGGCUUAUUGAGGGAGCUUUGAAUUAUUUUAGAGGCCCAGCUGAAGCUUCAGUAGAUGCUGUUCACUUUGUUCUGAAGGAACUUGUGAGGAAGUCAAUUGGGGAAUGUCAGGAGUUGAAGCGGUUUCCUAGUUUACAAACUGCAAUAGCUGCAGCUUCCAAUCAAGCCUUGGAAAAGUUCCGUGAGGAAAGUAAGAAGACAGUAAUUAGACUUGUUGACAUGGAAGCUGCCUACCUGACAGCUGAUUUCUUCAGGAAACUUCCCCAGGAAGUGGAGAAAGGGGGAAAAGCAGCUGCAACUACAACAGUGGACAAUUAUUCAGAAGGUCACUUUAGGAGGAUAGGGUCAAAUGUAUCAUCUUAUGUCAAUAUGGUAUCAGACACUCUCAGGAACACUAUUCCCAAAGCAGUGGUUCACUGUCAAGUGAAGGAGGCCAAACAGUCUUUACUGAAUCACUUCUACACACGUAUUGGGGGAAAAGAGGGUAAGGCACUUGCAGAAUUGCUAGAUGAAGAUCCAGCAUUGAUGGAGAGGAGACAGCAGUGUGCCAAGAGGCUUGAACUGUACAAGAAAGCAAGGGAUGAGAUUGACUCUGUAUCAUGGGCUCGAUGAUAUUAGUGCACGCUGUAGAUGCCAGUAUGAUAUUUCAGUUCGCAAUCUGCAUGAAUCCAGAUUGUUGCUGAAUCUCACUUGUUCUGCAUUGUAAUUACUUUGUUUGGUGUGUAGUCUUACUCCCUUUUAGAUGCUGACAGACAACUGAUACAUUUUUCAUUAGUUUUGACAGCACUCUUGAUGCUUUGUUCAAUGAGUUAUUUGGCUAUAAAUAUAAUGGUUUGUGCAUA